AUGCGUUCGUUAGAUGAUAAAAUAUCAUAUAUGAUCGUUGCUCAUCUGCAAAUUUUCCUACGAUUGAUUGGAGUAUGUUUACGAAGAGGCGUGCGUCAAGGACGUUAUGAUGGGUUAAAUAAAGCAAGUAUCAUUGGAUUUCCUAUCAUGAUCAAAGCUUCAGAGGGUGAAGUUCCUGGUUCACUGAUUUUCAUCAUGAAAUGCUCGUCAUCUCGAAGUUCGAGUUUAGCGGAUCAAUACGGAAAUGCGAUCUCCUUAUUUGGAAGAGAUUGUUCGGUUCAAAGGCGUUAUCAAAAGAUCAUUGAAGAGGCUCCCGAUCCAUCAGAUAUAAACAAUAUAAAUAAUGUUUUGAAUAUCGUUUUAAGGCUGGAAGAUGAUGUUAUAGAAAAUGAAGCUUUGAAAAAACAACUCAAACCCUUUAUACAACGACAUUCUUAUGAAUUACGGUCAAUAUCCGGGGUAUUUCACGUUCGUGAAACAACAGAUUAUACUGAGGAUCAAACAAUUCGUCAUAUCCAACCAGCCAUGGCCUAUCAACUUGAGCUUACGAGGUUAUCAAAUUUCGAUAUUACUCCUUGCUUUACUGACAAUCGACAGAUUCAUGAUUAUUAUGCCGUUGGUAAAGAAAAUACUUCGGACUGUAGAUUCUUCAUUCGAUCCUUAGUUCGUCCUUGUCAGUUGCGAAAUAGCGUGCGUACGGCUGAUUAUUUAAUCUCGGAGUCCGACAGAUUAUUGAAUGAGAUUUUGGAUUCUCUUGAGAUCCAAUACAAGUUGAGGAAGCUGUUAAAGGAUUUAUUGAUCGGCACGGCAAAAGAUUAUGGAGGGUUCAAUGCACUUGCAACCAACCCACAUGCCUUACCCAACAAAAGAAUGGCUUCACCAGGCUCAUUAAUGGGUACCACCUAUGCUUACGAUUUUCCCGAAUUAUUUCGCCAAGAUGUUAGAAUACUAUGGAAUCGUGCAUCUCAUCAUAGUUCAAACCUUAAAUGUCCUAGUGAUGUUUUGGAUGACAAAGAACUUGUGCUUGACGAGAAUAAUUAUUUACAAGAAGUGGAGAGAGCUUAG